AUGGAGUACCAGCAGAUUGCCAGCUUCAAUCAGACGUGCUAUGAGUUCCAGACGCAGCGGGGUGGCUCCUUCCAAGACGCGGACGGCUAUUGCAAGUCACGCGGCGGUCUGCUCAUUCACUCCAUCACCGACGUGGCGCAGAACUUUCUUUACUACGAACUGGAACGGUACAAGCCCAAACUGCGCUCUAAACUGAUCUGGGUGGGCGCCCGCCGGGACUACCUCACACAGAAUACGACGCAGAAUCUGUUUGGCACUCGACCACGCCUCUUCUGGCACUGGAUCAACGGCGUGCCCAUCAACCGUUUUCUCUGGGCGGAAGACCAGCCCAACAACUACAAUGGACAGCAGAACUGCAUCGUCCUCGACGGUGGUCGGCGAUGGCUGUGGAAUGAUGUCACUUGUGAUCUGGACUACCUGCCCUGGAUCUGCCAGUACGCGCCCUCCAACUGCGGCAGUCCUGACAUAGCGGAAAACUCGACGGUCAUUCGCAGUGACCACCGCAUAGGCAACAGCAUCGCCUACCAGUGCUCCAGCGGAUGUCGACUGGACGGCCUCGAGAAGCGACUCUGUCAGAGCAAUGGCUUCUGGCAGGGAGAGGCGCCCAAGUGCACCUACGUCGACUGCGGUCCACUCAAGUCCAUUGCCCACGGCAGGGUCAGCUUCAUACGGACGGACUUCAACGCCACGGCCACCUACAGCUGCAAUGGCGACUACACACUGGUGGGCAGUGAGCACCGACACUGUCUGGGCAAUGGCUCCUGGAGUGGCGAGGAGCCCAAGUGCUUCUACAGUCACUGCAGCCAGGCGCUGGAGAUUGAGAAUGGUUUCGUCAGCGUCACCAAUCGCUCCAUCAACGGCCAGGCGACCUUCACCUGCAAACUGGGCUUCGUCCUGGUGGGCAAUGCUCAGCAAACUUGUCAACUGGGCGGCUCGUGGUCGGGCACUGCGCCCCAGUGUAAAUUCAUCGACUGUCGCCUGCCACUGGAGCUGAUCCACGGCGUCUACCGACUGCUCAACAAGACCACCUACUACAACAGUGUGGUCAGCUAUGAGUGCGAUCCCAACUACGUCCUCGUCGGUAAUCGAUCUCGUGUCUGCACUGAGUACGGCACCUGGAGCAACUCAGAGCCCACUUGCGAGCUCAUCAACUGCGGCAUUCCAAAGCGGUCAACGGGUGUUCGCUACGUGGGCAAUUCAUUCACCAUCAAUUCAGAGGUGAUCUUCGAAUGCGAGCCUGGCUACAAGCUGGUCGAGGGAAAAGGUCGCCGCGUGUGCCAGGAGAAUGGCAAGUGGAGUGGCAGUGACAUCACCUGUCGAUUUGUCGAAUGUGGCCGAGUGCAGCCAAUUCUGAAGGGUGAAAUUAUCUACGUCAACUCGACUACCUACUUAUCCAGUGAGAUCAACUACUCCUGCGGCACUGGCUACAAACUGGUGGGCAACAAGGCUCGCCACUGUCAAGACGAUGGACGCUGGUCAGGCAUCAAACCAAAGUGUGAAGAAAUUCGCUGUCUGCCGCCGGAGAUUCCAAAGAACUCCUCGGUGGUGUACAAUGGCAAUGACCGCUCCUUCAGUGACUCCUUCAAAGUGGGCUCCACAGUGCAGUAUCGCUGUUCGCAGGGACACAUCGUCCAGGGUCAGUCACUGCGCACCUGCGAGACAUCUGGCCACUGGAGUGAGGCGCCGCCGAUUUGUGUCUACAUCGACUGUGGUCUGCCAUUCCCGCUGACCAACGGCAAGUGGCUGCUGACGACGAACACGACGUACUACGGGAGCACGGUGGAGUACGAGUGCAACACCAACUACAAACUCAACGGCCCUGGUCGGCGAAUCUGCCUGGAGAACGGCACCUGGAGCAGUGUGCCGCCCAUCUGCGAAGUUGUCACCUGUAAGGCGCCAGAGCUGAAGGACGAGCGAACGCUGGUGCAGACGACGAGCUACUACGUCGGCGGGAAGACGACCUAUUCGUGCACUCACGGUCUCGAGCUAAUCGGCAGUAACGAGCGAACCUGUCAGAACAAUGGCCAGUGGAGUGGCCCAGUGCCGUACUGUCGAUUCGUCGACUGUGGCCGACCGCCGAUCAUACCUAAUGGCCGCGGUUGGCUGGUCAACGGAACGACCUUCUACGGCAGUAUCGUGGAGUACCACUGCAUGGCCGACUUUAGAAUGAUCAGUGAAAAUCAGCAUCGCAUCUGUCAGGCUAAUGGCGAAUGGAGCGGCACCAUCCCGCGCUGUCUCGAGAUGAGCGAGGUGAAUGAAAUUGAGAACUCACUGCGAAACAGCGCCGAUCUGGAGGCCGAGGAGAGCGCCGAGGCCUCCAAGUCAAUCGGCCUUGGUGUCUCAUUCGGCAUCGGCACCAUUCUCAUUCUCAUGAUCAUCAUUGGAUUUCUCUUCCUCAAAGUCUAG